AUGACUGCUCGCGCCCUUCAUUACGUUUUCAAAGUGGCGAACCGUGCCAAAACCAUCGACUUCUACACGAAAGUGCUGAACAUGAAAGUACGAGGUUUUUACACAAUUCGAAGCUAACAACGUAAAUAAAUAAUAAUAAUAAUCUGAAGUCAAAUAAUCUCCGUCGGAAAGUAUCGAUCUUUGUCAGGUGCUCCGCCACGAAGAAUUCGACAAAGGAUGCGAAGCGAGUUGCAACGGACCGUACGACGAGCGAUGGAGCAAGACGAUGAUCGGAUACGGCCCAGAAGACGAGCACUUCGUUAUUGAGCUCACUUAUAAUUACCCGAUCCACAAAUACGAAUUGGGAAACGAUUACAGAGUUAUUCAGCGAAAAAUGAACCUUGGACGAAACAAUUCCAAAUUUCAGGCAAUUGUAAUCGAUUCCAAUGAGCUUUUCGAAAAAAUUUCGAGUAUUGAGCAUCGUAAAUCUGGAUGCGGAAGGCUCGCAGUAAAAGAUCCGGACGGCCACGAGUUCAAGAUCGGAAAAGCGGAGCAGACGCCGAAAGUGAUGAGAGUGCAGGUGAAUGUGGGCGAUCUUGCGAAGAGCAGAGGUGAGCACCUCCAUCGCUUGCCGUCUUAUUUCGGUUCGCUUCAGAAUACUGGCACGGCGUCCUUGGAAUGUCGAUCGUCGAAGAGAAAUCGUCCCGCAUUCGUCUAACCUACGGGAGAGAGCAGUGCGAAUGGGAGAUCGUGCAAUCGAAAGAACCGCUCACCAGAGGAACGGCUUUCGGAAGAAUCGCAUUCUCUUAUCCGGGACAAUUGGUUUGCACUACCAGGAAUGAAAUGUUACUAGGAACACGUAUUUCAGCUGGAAUCCUUGCAAAGCAAGGUAAAACAGGCGGGAGGGAAGAUCAUUAACGAGCUGCUAACCCUCAAAACGCCCGGAAAAGCCGACGUCCAAGUGGUGAUUCUGGCCGACCCAGACGGCCAUGAAAUCUGUUUUGUCGGCGACGAGGGCUUCCGUGCUCUGAGCAAAGAGGACGAGUCGGCUGAGAAAGCGCUGCGCGAGCAGAUAAAGAACGACGACAGCGAGAAGUGGUACUGA